AUGUUUAAAAGCAUCGAAACAAAAAUUAUUGCAAGAUGGGCUUUUAAUACAAAAAAUUGGAUUCCUACAACUAAAGAAUACGAUCAAUUGUUAUCACUUAUUAAUCCGAAAUUAAAUAUUUUGUGUGAUUUUAAUAUUUCACAUCAUGGUGAUUGGGUUGUGUUAGUUGCUGGAGAAAAUUGUCGAAUCGGUAUUGAUUUAAUGAAGAUCGAACAGCCUAAUGCUGGUUAUAAUGUUAAAGAAUUUAUUACCACAUUUAAAGAUCAAUUUACAGAAAAUGAAUUUAAUCUAUUGGUAAAUAAUCAACAACGACAAUACAACAAAGAGGAAGUGGAAAUUCACCAAUUGCAAAGAUUUUAUAGAUUUUGGUGCUUGAAAGAAAGUUAUGUUAAAGCUGUUGGAAUUGGAUUAUAUUUAGCUUUGAAUUCGUUUGAAUUCAAAUUGGAUGAAAAUGAAGAAAAUCUCAAAAUUAAAAAGAAUACAAAACUUUAUGUAAAUAAUGAAUUGAAGGUUGAGUGGGGAUUUGAAGAGCAUUGUUUAGAUGAAGAACAUUGUGUGUGCAUAGCAUAUGAUACUAAUCGCAAUAGUAAUAAUGGUAAUGAUAGAAAAGAAACAAUUAACGAAGGUUUUGAAAUAAUUGAAAUUCAAGAUAUUUUUAAUUUAACUGGUACUAAAAAUAAUCGAGUAGAAGCUGCUUAUGCUUGUGACGCUUCUCUAUGUAAAGCUCCUGAUUGCUUCUGCGCCACGCAAACUCCUCCUGGAGGCCUAACGCUGGAUAAAACACCACAAUUUGUGCUUUUAACUUUUGACGAUUCAAUUCAAGACCGAAGUGUGAAAGUUGCGUAUGAUCUUAUUGGAGAAAGAAAAAACCCAAAUGGAUGUCCCAUUAAGACAACAUUUUACGUGAGUAUAAAUUAUACAGAUUUUUCUUUAGUAUCAGAAUGGUAUGCAAAAGGUCAUGAAGUCGCUGAUCAUACAAUGACUCAUAACGAAAAACCACCAGAUCCACUAAAGGAAAUAAUUGGAUGUAAAAAAGCCUUGAAUGCGUUUGCUGGCAUACCAAAUGGCAAAAUUAGUGGAUUCCGUACCCCUUUUCUUGAUUGGACACCAAAAGUGUUUGACGUUUUAGCAACGAAUGAAUUCGCUUAUGACACAUCAACUACUUCAUUGGCCGCAGAUGAUACUUGGCCUUACACAUUAGAUUAUGGUUUAUAUAAUGACUGUGAUAAAGGCUUUUGUGACACUGUAAAACAUCCCGGAUUAUUUGAAAUUCCCAUGUCUAGUCUUAUUGAUGAGAAAGGUAUUCCACAUUUGAUGGAUCCAACGCUUGAUGGCACACCAGAUCAAGUAAUGACUUGGUUGAAAGAUAACUUUAAUCGUCAUGCAAAACAAGGAAAAACUCCAUUUGGUGUUUACCUACAUCCAGUUCAAUUAUCCGAAAUCCCCGGAAGACCAAGUCCUGAACCAUCUAUCAAAAUGCUUAAAGAAUUUUUCGAUUGGGCAUUAACUCAACCAAAUGUCUGGUUUGUUACCAAUCAACAAUUACUUCAAUGGAUGAAAAAUCCAGUGCCAGCUGAUCAACUUAAAGACUAUGCGCCAUUCAAAUGUCAAACACCAAAUGUAGGAAAAGAAAUAUGUAACGGAUUAGAUGAUGAUAAAAAUGGUCAGGUGGAUGAUGGAUUAAGGGAAUCUUGUAAUUUUGAUAUUGCUGUUUGGAGUACGUGUUACGGGUGUCCUAAGGUUCAACCAACUGUGGAUAAUCCUGUGCCUGAUUCAACAAAUCCCAAACGUUAUCGUGUACCAACUACAUGUGAUACUCUUUGGUGGGAUCCUAUUGAAAACAAAUGUUUGUGUACUACACCAGAAUGUAGUUACAUUGAUCAAAGCAAGGUUCCUAAUGAUGUUAACUCUAAUGCUAGUAGCAGCAAUAAUACCACCACCACACCUAGUGCUACACCUUCUAACAAUAGUAAUAAUCCUCAAAAUAGUACAAGUGAUUCUACAAUUAUAUUUGCAAAUACUAAAUAUUUAUAA